ACCGAGGAAGCUCUUUGGAGCCAUGUGGUCCCCAGUGCCUCUCCCACCUCCUCCUCCUCAGGCGGGAGGAGGCAGAGUUGCUGCUGCUGCCAAUGCGCCAGGAUAGAGAGAUCUCGGCGCGGGAGGAGAUGACGCAAAAGGCAGAGCUCCCCCCAAAAAAGUGUUUCUCCAGGACGAAGAUGGCGGCAACUUAGCCCAGGGGCCCAAGAUGCCUGUGCCCAUCGGGGGCCCCCAGCCAGGCAGUUCCGCCCCGUGCGCCCGGGGACACCGCGCCCGGCGGCAGCAGCGGCGGCAGCCGCAGCCCAUUGUCACCAGCAGCGGCGGCGGCCCCGGCAGCCUCCUCCUCCUCUUCCUCUUCCUCCUCCUCCUCUUCAGCAUCCUCGGCAGCGCUCCGGGAGCCCUGCAGCAGCGUCUCUCCAGUUAGAGCGGAGGGGGGAGAGGAAAAAGAGAAGACGGAGACAGCGGUGCAGGCGUCUGUGCCGGGGCUCGUGGCUGAGGAAGAGGAGCAGCGAAGGCGGCAGGGAGGAAGAGGAGGCGAGGAACCCUCCCGGAGCCGUCUGUCGGCAGCGGGGGACGUGGCAUGCAGGUGUCCGGGGGCAGCAGGCUUUUCUCAGGAGGGAGAUGGGGUGCUGCGAUCUGACCAUGCCUGGGUGAGAGGGGGAAAGGACCAGCCGCGCAGCCCCGCCACCACCAACUAUCACCACUACCACCACCAUCUCCUCUCCCUCCUCCUCUCUCUGCGUUAUUGCUCUUAUCUUCUCCACGGCACUCCGCGUUGGAUGGACUGGGGCUGCUUCGUGUGGUGAGACCAAGGCAGAGCCACCGGCGAAACCCAACAAUAUCUCAGAGGAAGAAAAGAAGAAAGAAAAAAAGAAGAGGGAGAAAGAGAGAGAGGAGGAGAGUGGAAGAGAGAGCAAGCGAGGAAAGGGAAGGCAGGCAAGAAAAUCCCCCCAAUCUUUUAAGUCAAUGCAUAUUGUGGUGACACUGGCAAAGGAGCCCUCACGGUGGAGUCGGCCAGGGCUGUGCGUUCCCAAAAUAUGACCAGGGGUGCUUGGAUGUGCAGUCGGCAGUAUGAUGACGGCUUAAAAAUCUGGUUCGCACCCCGGGAGAACGAAAAACCCUUCGCGGAUUCAGAGAGGGCUCAGAAAUGGCGACUGUCCCUGGCAUCGCUCUUGUUUUUCACAGUCCUGCUCUCUGAUCACUUGUGGUUCUGCGCCGAGGCCAAAUUCACGGGGACCGGAGAGAAGGAGCAGCCGCCGCCUGAGAAGCCGGAGCCCGCGGAGCCGGAGCUGCUGGCGGGCAUGGGGGAGCCGGCGCCCCCCACGCCCCGGCUCCUCGCCCCCCCCUCGCCCUCCCUCCCUCCCUCCCCCGGCAGCAGCGACGGCGGCAGCCGCGGCAGCCGCACCAACGCCACCGAGCCCCGACACACCAAGGCUGCUUUCCUGGGGAACUCCACCGCCAGGCCCCUGGAGACGUGCCCCCCCCAGAGCUCCUCGUCCGGGCAGUGCUUCAGCGUGGGGGACGCGGAGGCGGUGUGCCGGCGGCGGGGGGGGCAGGAGCGGCCGCGGGGCGCGGGGCAGAGCCCGGCGCCCGGCUGGGACCUGACGGAUUUUUACCUUUCCUUUUGUAAUUCCUACACACUUUGGGAGUUGUUCGCCGGGUUGUCCAAUCCGGACACUUUGAACUGCAGUCUGGAUGUGGUGCUGAGGGGGGGAGGCUCCUGCAGCCAGUGCGUCCAGGCUUACCAGCGCUACGACCAGCACGCUCAGGAGAAAUACGAAGAGUUUGAGGUUAUGCUCCAGAAAUAUUUACAGUCGGAUGAGUACUCGGUGAAAUCGUGUCCUGAGGAUUGUAAGACUGUCUACAAAGCCUGGCUCUGUUCCCAGUAUUUUGAAGUCACACAGUUUCACUGCAGCAACAGAAUUCCUUGCAAGCAAUACUGUUUGGAGGUUCAGACGAGGUGUCCCUUUAUAUUACCAGACAACGAUGAUGUCAUCUAUGGAGGACUAUCAAGUUUCAUCUGUACAGGGCUCUAUGAAAACUAUCCAACCAAUGCAGAACCAGAAUGCUGUGAUGUCAGAUGGGGACUAUUAUCAGAUCAUCAAUCCAAAGGGACUACAAAAACAAGUGGCUCAGCAAGGUGUCACAGGACAUCACUCACAGUUUCAUCAGCAUCCAGACUGUGUAACAGCAGACUUAAACUGUGCGUUCUUGUAUUAAUUCUCUUACAUACAGUACUUACAGUCUCAGCAGCACAGAACUCAACAGGACUGGGCUUUGGAGGCAUAACAACUUUGGAAGAUAAUUCAACCAAUGAGGAAUAAAAGAAAGGAUUCGUCUUAUAUGACAGAAACACAACAGGCCCAAAUGACUACAGUCAAAAAUAGCAACGACUGAGAGCUUUACCCUCAGAUCUCUCCUUGAAUGACCUUUUGGGUAAAAUGAAAAGAAUGGGCCACUACCCAAACAACAAGGACACAUGAACACAGCUUUUUAUUGACUAAAAGGCUGUACAGUGACUUAAAUUUCUCACACCAUUUUAUACACUGUGUUUUAAUGUUUGGAGUUUCCUUUUUUGUUUGUUUUUUGCACUUGUUAAUACAGGAUUUUAUUUUUGGGACGGUUUCUCAAAGCUAAAUUAAGUCUUUUCUCUGUCAAUAUAUUUCUAGUCAUUGUGUGUGUUCAUCUGAUAGUUCCGUCUUUUAUGUCCUGUCAGUUUCUAUUAGAGGAAUGACUGCUAUGAUUCCAUGACAUAGCAAAAAAAAAAAAAAAAAAAAGGAAAAAAAAAGGCAAAACAAAGCAACAACAAAAAAUCAACAAAAAAGAGAAAAAAUAAAAAAGGUACAAAAAGAGCAACAAAACAAAAUUUAACAAAAAAAAAAAAAGGCAACCACAAAAAUAUCCCAAAUAAACCUAACUGUCCUCUUACCCAUGGGAACCAUUCAUCUCCUUUCCCCUCCCAUCUCCCAUCGCAGACAACGUACAUUUGCUUCUGUCUGUGUAAUCACAAUGAAUGGGUGCACAUUUCCAGUGUGCCUCUGCCACUGUUGCACAAACCAGUUGACUGAGCAAACCCAAAAGGAGCAUGAAGGGGGUUCCUUUUAGCUGAACAAACAAGUGCUCUCCUUACAAGGUGGGAUCGGACAGUUGGAAAAUGUAAAGAAAUAUAUAACAAACUGUUGCUCCAAUACCCAUUUUGAAGAAGUCCAGUCCUUUCUCACUGGUCAGUUGAACAGGAGCAGCCUUUUUUAGAUAUGCUAUGUAAAACCAGUUAUGCUCAGCAAGUCGAGUAGUCGGGAAGCCUUCCUAUUGGAGGUGAAGGAUUGACAUUCAUUGUGAAUUACGUUUUGAGUUCUCCUGCUGUCCCAUAACCAGCAGCUUUCCAUAAAAAUGGGAGCAAAGAGCUUCUAAAAUCCAAGUCUUUUUGUCUCAACAAAAUUAUACUAGAAGCCUUCGAACAUCUAUAAUACAAAGUAUCACUUUGGUUUUGAUUCCAUUGUCUUUCUAGUAUCUAUGCGUUGUUGAAAGUUACUCUAGUUAUUAAGGGUGCACAAGAAUGUGUUAGCACAGAUAAAGAAACUAUUUUGUUUUAAAUAUAUAGGACAACAGUUUUCAUAAAUGUGCAAUAAAAACAGUAAAGAUAUACUAGGAUAUGAGUAGUUAAGAGAAAAGAUUGUAAUCUGCUGAUAUUUCACUGUUUGGGGUGGUUUUUAAUUUGUUUAUUUUUGCGGGAACAUUUCACCUGCUGAGUGUAUGAGAAUUUGCUUUUUAAAAAGGCUUUUUAGAGUUUACAGUAGAAUCAAUGGAAGGAAAAGUUAAUAAGGGCUGUUUUUAAAAACUUUACAUUCCUUCCUAUUCUCUAACUACACUUGGGAAGUGCACUUUAGAGAUGUUUGCUGUGUAGCUGGGAGAUGAAGGAAAACUAUAGGAAAUGUUCUCUUAGAAAAUAAAAUAUAGUUACCUACUUUCUAGCUAUGAAAUACCCCUUGAUAAAUAUUAAUGUUGUAAGAACAUUUAACCACUGGUGCAUAAUGUGUUUUUGUAUAUACUUUAUGGUCUGUUAAAUUCUGGAGAAAAAACAAAGAGAAGAUAACCAUACUGCUUAAGCGGUUCAAGACGCACAUGUUAAGCUGCAAAAGCUCAAAUAUUUUGCAAGACUAUUUGUUUUGAUAGUGUUUUACUACAACCUGGACUAAGAACCCUAAAAUGAUCUGUGCAAAUAUGACAACAACAAAAAGCACCAGCUAAUGCAAAAUUCUUCAGCACUGGUUGGUUUCUAUAAUUCCUCCCUUCCCUUCCUUGCACAUGCUAUAUUCUAUUCAAUAAAACAUGGUGCUUUUUAGUUAUUUUACUUUCUGUUAGAGGCACAUGUAUUAAUUAUACUGCAUUGAUGCAAAAAGUGGGGGAAAAUGUAGAAAUGCAAAUGAAAAAGCCUUAAUUAAUGGUAGAAUGUAGACUUUUGAAAGGAUAAAGACAUUAUUGAGAAAUGAUGGAGCAAUAACUGGGCAGCGCUCUGGUACUGUACAACAGCUGAUGAGUCACACUACUGAGAAAGCUCUUACUAGGUGAGCUCUUGUUCAACUGACCUCUUAAUUCUAGUAAGUGUACGCGGUCAGUAAACAGUUUGUUAUAACCUUUAUCUACCUCUGCUGUGCAAAGGUCAUCCAACAUCCAUUUCUGUGACAUUCCUCACAGGUUUUUGUUCACAUCAUUACUCACUGUCAUCUAUUUUUACACUGUACCAAUACAGUAGCAAGUCUGGUUCAUCCCAAUUGAAUUGGCACAUGAAGAAGAGUUAUUAUUUCUGGUUUGCCUCAUGGUGAAUUAAUGUAGAGAGCUAUCUUUAAGAUAUUUUCUUUCUUCUCUCCCACUCUUCUUCAUCCUUCAUCCCUUAUUUUUCUAUAAAAAUGUUUUCUAGUGGUGUCAGUGAAAAAUAUGAGUGCUUCACUGCUUGGCUACACUCAGUCACAUGUCAUACAAUGUGAGAGAGACAAGAGGAAAAACAGUGACAACAACAUCACAUGCAUAAAGUAGCCAAAUUAAACUUGGUCAAAAGGAAGCAGAAAGCAGAUACAGACUUUCAAUUAUUACACAAGUACCGGAUGUAAUAAAUUCCUCCCCCUCUCUCCACCUGGAGUCAGUGCCUGCAGUUCAAUGGUCUGUGGAUUUUCUCUAUCAUCUUUUUGAGGUUUAUUUCUCUAAUUUUUGAAACAAAGAGUCAUGUUGCAGAGGUGACUACUGCUGGGUGUCUGUUGCCAUUUUCACUCCAGCAGUGUGGCACGCAGCUUCUCUUGGUGGCACCUGGGACAUCAGGAGUAGACAAAGACUCUUCAAUGAAGUUAAGCAACCCGUAAUCAUGUAUGAUGCAAAAUUUCAUUCCAUUCAUUCCUCAUUCGUAAUAGUUUUCCUGGCACAAACUUAAGCAUGCUAGAUAUUGUGCACAUAUAAUUUUUUUUUUUCCAGAAUAAAUUUGCAUCUUGCCACUGCGAUAACUGCCAUCUUGUUCCAUUUCUCCUUGUACUGUAUGCCUAAUACAUACAUGAUAAAGAACUGGCUUAACAAAGAAAUAAUAGUAAAAUAUUUCUGCAAAUUACUGAUGAGAAGAAAAAACAGAAUAAUAUUUAUUUUAUGAUCUUAUGGAAGAGAUAAAUUUCCCAUGUCUUUUAUUGUCUUAUUUUCUGCAAUAGGGAAAAUCCAGAUUUUGUGCAAUAUGUUAAUACUGCUAAGCCAAAUGUCAUAUAACAUAACCAGAGCUAUAUGUUAUUCCUUGCUGCACUUGCAUUCGGUAAUACAUUAUAUGGAUGCUUUUCUUUCAUUAAAGAGACAAUAUCUUUUUUUUUUUUUCAGUAUAACAGAUGAAGGCUGUCCUUCUGCACACCAUAAUUUAAAGACAAAAAACAAACAAACAAAAAAAACCUAUAGAAUGAAGUUUUAGUUCUAUAAAUGAUGAAACUAAGCCAUCAGCUGCCAAAGAAUCUGCGGAACAAUAGAUAAAAACCAAACACAGACUUUCAAGAAAUUCCUUCUUGAGGGUUAAAAAUAAUGUUAUUCUAAGUGAUUAAAGGAUAAAGAAUGAGAGCUGCAUUUCAAACAGCAGAGAUGGUAGGUUUUGUCCAGUGCGUGAUGUGGCUCUCAGCUUAUAUGCUUAUUCACUUUGAUUAAAAAGUGGGAGACAAGGACAUUGUCUUCUGCUCUCUCUGUUAUGAUAAUGAAUGCCCUUUUUGUUACCUCUCUGCAUGGAAGAUACCUGCUUAUUGUGAGAGCUGAAGACAAAUUUAGACAGUGAAACCUGUCUUAAGUGACUAUCCAAAGCACAAGCAAAACUUGUUUGUGAAGUAGAGGUAGCUUUAAGGAACCUUUAAGGUGCCUGGUCCUUACUGCAGCUUUCACUGUCUAUCUCCAGUGCCACAGCCCCACGAUGAGCUUCCAGCUGGGCUCCAAGUCGUGCUGCAUUCAGUGGGGCUCAGUACAGGCACACACCCACGAAAAGUUUGCUGUAGCACAUCGGUCUCGAUUUGUUGUCCCGUAGUCUUCAUUCAGGAAUUGUUCGUGGGAGUAGUGCACCAACAGAGGAUCACUGGGUUCGGCCCUACCCAAAUGAAACUUAACAGGGGACUGGCAAUGGCAUAUUAAUGGUGAAUGGUUCAGUUUUAUUAUUGUUGUCUACUAUCAUAUUAGUUUGGUGAAGAAGUGGUUUCAAAUAUUAGCUAGGAACAUGGAUGACAAACUAACAGAAAACUUGUCAUUGCAGAGAUGAAAUUAAAUAGCCUUUCUGAGGUAAAAAGAGACUGUUUUCUGUCAGAAGCUGUCAGGAAACAGCACCAUUUUAAAAAAGUUUGGGAAAAUAAUAUGUUUAGUUCUGAAUAGGAUAGCUCUCAUUAAAAAUAGAUUUUGGAUGGCAAAUAGGACUGUAGCUCACACCAUCUAAAUUGAGGGAUUUAAUUUGCCAACAUGUUCUGCAAUAACUUUGAGCAAUCACAUUUACUGAACAUCUCUUAAGUUUUCCGGUAUUUUCCAGCAUUUUUUCAAAUGUUAACAAGCCUGAUCUCUCUCUGGAGGGGGAAGAAGGAAGAGAGAACUACUGUGAGUGAUGAUACUGAAAACAACAAAAACAAACACCCAGACCUGGGCCAACUUGGAAAUCUGUCUGAGAAACAAGCUAUACUUCUUCAAAACAGAACAGAAAUGCAAAAAAAAAUACACUUAUGUAGGUGUAGGUCUAGGUAGAAAUAGCUCUAUUUUAAAAGAGACACAAAUAUAUACUCUCCACAAUUGUUACAAAUACUGUAGAGUAAGAAUGCCAAAGGAUAAAACCUAUAAAAUAAAUAGGGCAAAAUUACUGUAUUUAUAUUCCUUGUGCCAAUUCCUUGCGCCAAUUUCCAGGUAAAAUUUCAGCAGCAGAAAUAUAUUUUGUAAUAAGAAAAGUAAAAAAUUUUGAGGGAAGGGGUGUAUUUUGUUGCUCAUUCCACCAUCCUUUCUCCUAUUAACUUAGUUAUUAUUCUUCUGGACUUCUCAUUCAAAUCCUUGACUUUCGCAGAAAGUUCCCAGCACAGACCCCAUCCCAGCAGCUCCAGUGGGUGUCAGUAGUGCAGGAGGUCUCAGUCAUGGGUCCUAAGGGAGAAUCUCUGUUUAAAGUGCUGACUAUGCUUCUGCACUUCAGUCCAAUCUCUAGACACUCUCAUUCUCCUAAUGGUACAUUCACCUCUUGGACAUACACAAAGUGACUCAGUUUCCUCUUCUUGCCCUGAGCUUGCCCUGCUCAGACCUUCAGGCUCAGUCAGGCCCCAUUACAAAGGUCAAAGGAACCACUAGUGUGGUUUAGAUGGAAUACAUGCACUGAACUCCCCAAAAAACUGAAACAGGAUUAAAAUGACAGUCGUGCUUUGUAACCAGCCCUCUGAGUAAAGGUGAAGAUUUUACCAGCUGUGCAUAUCUUCAAAUCCUUUUGCUAUUCUCACACAGAGGAUUGUCUCAGCAGAAAAGAGAUUUGAACAGGAAUCACUGUCAAAUCACUGUCAAAUCUCUCUGUGGCAGGUCAGACAUCACCUAUCCCAGGUGCUCCCCCGGAUGAUUUUGCCAGGAUUUAGUGUCCCAGAGUAGGAUAAGCAGAAGAGAAGACGUGAUGUCCCACACCAGUGCAAAAUGAGUGACAUCUGGGUGAUGACCAGAUUGCCGACUAGCAUAUCUCUAACACAGGCACACAGACCUUUCCACUGAGUCUUUAGCAGUGGGGGAAACUAAAGAAAGGAGAGGGAUACUUUCUGUGAGAGGGAUAAAGCACAUGGCAGAGGAAAAUAAUGUCUUCAUACAGUGCUGCAAGAUUUAUUUGAAUGUAUAAAUGUAUAUUCAGUCAGGACAACACCGAGCAUUGCAGCACCACACGUUUUUGUAUCUUAUAAGUGGCAAGUACACACCUCUGAAUUAAGCUGGAUGAAGUGUGAUACACAAUAAGAGUUGGUGAUAUAAAAAGAGAAUCUAGUGAAGAAGGUGCCACCUGAGCCAGUGGUCUACACUGAACAGCAUAAUUUUAUUUUAGCCUUCCCCUUUCAGACUUGUUCUCUGAGCAUCCAGGAAGUACCUGUCUCAACCAGGGAUUCACAUUUCUGAAUUUUUUUACCGGGCUUAGGCUCCUACUCUGUUUUUUAGCAUGAAAGGCAGAUGGAGGAUGAAGUGAUAACUCUUUACCAGCUAGAAUGCAGUUAACUGAGUCCUGUGAAGGCACAUCAGUCCUCUCUCUAAUCAGCAGGUUAUUCUUUACUGAACAAGAGAGGAAGGUAUUUUUAUCUGUUUCUUUUCAGGUGUUGCUCCAUUGGACACAAAUUAAUGAACUAUUAAUUGGCCUAGCAAAAAUAUGCAAGGUGUGGUUACUGCGCACAUGGGAGAGAGAUGCUCUUUUCCUGCUCUGAGGCAUGUUUACAGAUAAUACAUUAAGCAGACAAUAACCUGGUGUCAUUACAUAAUUUCGACAGCAUUUAUUAAAAUUGCCACAGGGAAUGUGGUAUUUCUACCAAGUCUGCUCAGUUCUAGUUAUUUCAUUUGAUGAUGAAGAGCACCUAGCACUUUACAGGACCAAGUUCCUAUGUGGUAGUGGUACUUAACUAUCAUCAGCUACUAAUCAGCUUUCUAGGAAAAAUCUGAAAAGAAGGCUACGUCCACUGGAAAAUAUCAGGCCUGUGAAUAAUUGGAAAAACUUGCAGCAUUUGUGGGCUUUGGAGAAGACCAGUAAAAACAAAGAAGAAAAAAAAAAUUGUCCUUUCUUUCUUCCAUUCCUUCCUUCCCUCCACCUUUUGCUUUCUCUGAUAGCCACUGGUCUGACUUACGACAUAUUUUUGCCUUAGUAACCCUAUGAAAAAUUAAAUGUAAAGUUCUCCUACUUUAUUUUUGCUAUACAUGCAGAAAAAAAUAAAAAAAAAAUAAAAAAAAUAUAUAAAAAAAGGAAAAGUAUUUAUUUUUUCACUCACAGAGAGAUGUUCUCCCAUCUGUUUCCUAUCCAUCACUAGUCCACAGGUUCACUGAACUCAAUGAGACUCAUGCUUUUCAUUUAGAUGGAACUAGGAUAAAUGCCAUGGAUCAAAACCUGCUAGUUUUAAUGCAAAUCCUUCCACUGACUUCAGGGGGGAUUUGGAAAGCCCAAGGUCCCUUUGAGCACAUAUAAACUCACAUGGAUAAGAUAACUAAGAAUGUGAACAGCUGAAAGAUUGAAAUGUUCCAAAGGUUUGUCCAAGUGGUUUUUCAAAUAAUUAGCUGCAGCUCUAUGCAAAAGUCAUGAUGAGCCAAAGCUUUGAGCUUUGAUUUGAUAGACCUUCCUUUUUCUGAAAUCUAACAUGCUUCUUUCAGGGUUUGAAUAUGCAAAAACUUACACAGGAUUAUAAAUACAAGAAGAAAUAUCGAAAAUUUGAUGAUAUUUUCACUCCUACAAGUAAAAAUUAAAUUCCGAUAAUUGCAUUUUUUUAUUAUUAACCCUUAAUGACUAUUUCUGUAGUUCUUCAGAUGCUACUUCAUUUCAUUUGUUUGUUUUCCUUUGUUUUGUUCAAAACUAGAUUUUUUGCCUUUUAAAGAUUCUUAUUGAACUAUGCAGCUACAAAUUACAUGCUUAUGUUAACAGAUUUGCAAUUAAAAUUAUUCUAGUCUUCUGUUAUUCCCAAAUUGUAUGAACAGAAAUCUCAUGUUAAAAGAAAAUUUAAUUAACUGUGUUUAAUCUUGUUUCCUUCUCAUUUUCCUUUUUUUUUUUUUUUUGCCUGUUGUUUGUUGUUUUUGUUUUUUUCUUUCUUCAGAGUUAAGGACUGGAUUUUAUUUGAAACGGGCUAAACUGGCAUCAGUGUUUUUUAACUAUAUGGAAUGUCCUAUGAUUCUUAGCAUUGAAAAGAGGGCUACGUGGUCCUGUCAGAAAAAAAAAAAAAAAAAAGCAAGCUGUAAAUUGUAAUAAUAUAUUAAAUAUUGUAUUAUUAUAGCAACUUUAGUUAAGCAACUAAUACUAUCUUUAAUUUUUUACAGAGAACUUUGAUGAAAUAAUUUAUUACAAUGACUCACAGAAAAACUUGUUUUCAAAAUGACAGCAGAAACUGUUGAAGAUUGUGAAAACAUACUAAAAAUAAUGCUCUACUAAGAAUAAAUUUAAAGAUGCAAACAGUGAGUCUGACUUUUUGGGUACUAGCAAUUUGUGAAUGAAAUUAAACCUAAGGUGUUGGGAGGGUAUAAUGAUUUUAAAUAAUGAUUAAAUUUAAACAGCUUUCCUUUUUCUUCAAAGGAAAAACAAACAAACAAAGAAAAAAAAAUGAAAGAACUUGUGUUCUGAUCUGGACUGCAGCUACAUAUUUCAUAAAAUACCUCUGAAAAAAAGGAAAAUGGAGUUAAUUUGUAACUGGUUUUCCAGACUGUACUGUAUAACAUAGCAUUAGUAUUUUACAGCUAUUUAUCUCAGAUUUCUUACGAAGGGAAUAAAAUUAGAAGAAACGAAAAAAUAAUUCCACCAAAAGAAAAAUAUUUAAUUUUUAGAUCAUGUGUAUGUCAGAUUUCAAUAGUGUGACAUCUACAAAAAUACAUGUUCAUUUAUUAGUUAUGAGAUAUUAAAUAGUUUACAACCAGGAUCUGAAUUAAUCUUUGGUAUUAAAUAUGUGUCUCUCUGGUCACACAAGCAGUGAUUAUUCUCAAAAGGGUUUGAUAACAAAACAACAGUUCAAAGAGGUAAGUACAGAGAUCUUUACAAGUCAGAUUUCAAAUGCUUUAGGAACUAUUUUUGGUGACAGUAAAUGAUGGCAAGACAUCUGUGGAAAUCAACGCUGACCCUCCUGAUAAGAUGAGUCAAAAUACGGUGAAGCAGGCAUAAGGUACUUUGGCAAACAACAGGUGAAAACAAAAACUUUUCUGUAACAAUCUGAGCUGUAAAUAUGGUGAGGAAAUAAGACAAAAGUCCUGCUGUUUCCUCGCAGCCCUGUUAUCUGCCUGAGAUCUCUACUCACAUCUUCACAGUCACCAGCCUUUUUGACCUAACCAUCUGCUCACACAGGUACGUGCAUGCAAUGGGUGAAUGAAGUCCACCACCACUGGUAUAUUUCAAAAUACAGAUUAAUUGCAAAUGCUUUUUGCAUAUCAGAAUGGUUUGAAGCCAGAUCGUACCUGCAAUGAGUAGCUUCAGACAUUAUGAAUAAGAGUAAUUUCACUGACUCAGUAGAUUAAAAACGGUGGAUGGGCGAUGCCAGUUUGUCAUUAGGCUUCCCAGGAGGAAACACGAGGCCUCAACUUCGUUCCAGACUUUUGGUCAAAUUCUCCCAAAAUGCAACAAGAUGAAGGUUUCACUUACAUAUGCAACAUGAUCGGGCAUAAAGUAAGUGCCAGUUAAGUGUGGUUCCUAUUUUAAGAAAACCAUUUGGAACACAGAAUGAACUAUUUUAUCUGACUCACCAUUAUUCACGUGGGGGUAAGAAUGAAACAGAAUAUGGGUAAACCAAAGUAAAACUCAUUAGGCUUUUGAUAUAUAUGUAAUGUUAUUUCAAGAACCCUGUCUUUCUUUUUUCUUUAUAACAUAUUUUCCAUCAUUUUUUGUUUAAAGUUGAGUUGUUCCACUUUUCUUCAUAAAGCUUCACAAGACUACACUAGUCUGCGCUCUAGACUGAAAGUGAAGGACUAUGUUCUUCAGCAGCAACUGCCCUGCCAUGGACAGGGACAUCUUUCAUCAUCAUGUCCAACAUGAUCUUGAACACUUCCAAUGAUGGGACAUCCACAACUUCUCUGAGCAACUUGUCUCACUGCCCUCAUUGUAAAAAACGUCUUCCUUAUGCCGAAUUUAAAUCUGCCCUCUUUCGGUUUAAAACCACUGCCCCUUGUCCUGUAACUACAGGCCUUGGUAAAAGCUCUCCAUUCAUCUUGCUUAUAAGCUCCCUUUAUGUAUUGAAAGACCACAAUAAGGUAUCCCCAGAGCCUUCUCCAGGCUGAACAACCCCAAAUCUCUCAGCCUUUCUUCAUAGGAGAGGUGUUCUAGAGAGGCGUUUCAGCCCUCUGAUCAUUUUCAUGGCCCUCUUCUGGAUCUGCUCUAGCAGUUCCAUGUCUUUCUUCUUCUGGGAACACCAGAGCUGGAUGCAGUACUCCAGGUGGCAUCUCUGAGAGUGGAAUAGAAGGGGCGAAUCACCUCUUUCAACCUGCUGGCCGUGUUUCUUUUUAUGCAGCCCAGGAAAAUAUUUGCUUUCUGGGAUGCAAGCACACAUUGCCAGCUUAUGUCCGAUUUUUCAUUCACCAAUAUCCCCAAAUCCUUCUCUGCAGAGCUGCUCUCAAUUUGUUCAUCCCCCAGUCCAUGUUGAUAGUUGAGAUUUUCCCUUUCCAGGUGCCUGAUCUUGCACUUGGCCCUGUUUAAUUUAAUGAGGUUUACACUGGUCCACCUCUCAAAGCUGUCAGGGUCCUGCUGGAUGGCAUGCAUUCCCUCAAGCAUACCACACUACUCAGCUUGAUGUCAGCUACAAACUUGUUGAGGUUGCAUUCAAUCCCACUCUGUCAUUGAUAAAGAUAUUAAAUAGAUUCUGUUCAAAUGUUCAGAUGCCUCAGGUGGUCUUGGAAUCUGGUCUUCAUUUACAAUGGAUGGGACUUCAUUCCCCUAGUCCCUGGCUUGAGGUUUAGAGACUUGAGAGGUUUGCACUCAGAAAUCUUUAUCUUUCCAGAAUGGGAGUAUAUCUCUUUUUAUCAAAUACAUAGAUGCCUUCAUCUCAACAUUAUUUUAAUCUAGCAAAGGUUCAUUAAAGAUCUUCAGGUAAUUUUGUCACAAAGACAAUUAAACCAGAGUAAUAUUCAUAGUCAGACAUUUUACUUAUACUAUUCCUCAGACACUACAGAGAAGCCGUAAUUUCCUUGGAAGAUUUUACAAAGCUAUCAGGAGCAAAGCUGCACACCUGUGCACCACCUUUUAUGUCCUGUUAUGACCAGACUCAGUUCUUCCAGCUUAUGAAGAUUCAUACAAAAUACAAGGUUUUUUGCAGGCUCUGUAUGGUCUGUAUCCUGAUUUCCCACGUAGUACAUAGAGGUGGAAAAGAUCCUUAGGCAAAUAUUUUAUGCUUUACAUUUUCUCCUGCUACAGAAAUCUUUUCUGGAUUGUCUGUGAGGUUUCGAGUAGAGGUUUUCCUCCCUCCUAGUAAAUCAAUCAGGAAGUCUAAGAAUUCGGAAGAAUAUCCAGAUUUCAGAGGUACAGGUAAGUGCACUACAGGGAUACGUUGUCAGACACUAGGAAAAGAACAACUAGGCAUAGGCACAUAAUCCUGUAUGAAAUUUAAUAAUACAUUUUGUGUAACAAUGAAAAGGCAAGUGGAAGCCUGUGUCUGGCGGACUAGCAAGUGAGAGUCUAGAAUGUAAGAACAAAAUUUAAAGUAACAAACAAAAUUUCCUGAACAAACCAGAAUCUGGUUCAAGGUUUUAGUAUUUUUUUGUCAUUAUGAAAAUUAUUUUUAAUUUUGAGGGGUUUAUUGUUUCAUGUCAUUUGGUUUCAUUUGGUUUGGUUUUUAUGGUUUUUAAGGCAUCCUCAGCUACUACUAAAACUAAUUUUCCAGACUACUCUGGAAAAUCACUUCUAUUCAUAAGGUAAACAGUCCUCUUGUACUUGAUAACACACUGCCCCACGAUUAUGUUCCCAGCAUAAAAAUUAGCAUAAAAACCAUGAUUCUUGUUACAUCUCUGCAGCAAAUGAGUGUACUUGCCUUUUUUUCUGAGCCAACAAAAAUUUCAUAUUUGGGGGGAAAUAUAAAGGGGGAAAACAAUCAGUUAUAUUAAAUAUAUUGAAGUAUACAGCAAAGCUACAGCAGUGCUACAGUAAGAACUGGAUGUAGCCAAUAGGAAAAAGUAUUAAUAAACUUACUUUUGAUUGAUCCAAAUUACACAAUAUAAGAAAUACACCUUUCUUGUCAAUAAUAACUUUAUUAUACUAACCCUUAUAUUCACAUGUGGAAAAAUAAGUGUCAACUUCAAAUUAAAUAUAUCUUCUUUUCAUAUCA